AUGGGUGAUUACGAUCAACGAUACCAGCAAGGUCUGUACCUUUCUCCAGAUCAGCAAGAUCUCUUGCUUGCUGCCCUUACCUCCAACAAUCCCAACUCCAAGCGACAAAGCGGUACCCCCCAGAUCAAGACCGAUAUGAGUCCCGAGCAAUCCUUGCAUGGCUUGAGUGCCCCUCCAUCGGGCGGUUUCGAGAAUGCCAAUACCUUCGGCUACGAUGACGAAAGCCCUUUCUUGGAUUUUACCCCCGAAGUAGACUUCGACUUUCCCGACUCGGCGGGUCUGAUUGGUGACCUGCCAGGUUCGGGCGACUAUGAUAUCGGAGAAAAGCGAAAGUCCAUCGAUGGCAAGUCGGAUAUUGAAGGAGAAGAGACCGGAAAGAAGCGCAGGGAGAGCGAGGCCAAAAAGCCUGGCCGGAAGCCACUGACUUCGGAGCCUACUACGAAGCGCAAGGCCCAGAAUCGGGCCGCUCAGCGGGCCUUCCGUGAGCGCAAGGAGAAGCAUUUGAAGGACCUGGAGGAUACGGUGGAAACGUUACAGAAGAAUUCGGACAUGGCAGCUCAGGAGAAUGGCUUGCUACGUGCCCAGGUCGAGCGAUUGCAGGUUGAGCUUCGUGAGUACCGAAAGCGCCUUUCUUGGAUGGCUUCGGGAUCUGGCAACGGUAUCUCGGCCCUCAGCUCGAGCUCCAUCCCGAAUGCCCACUCCAAGGGCGCUUAUGGUCUCCAAAACAACGAGUUUCUUUUCGACUUUCCCAAGUUCGGCGACUUGCCUGGUGGUCACCUUUUCAACGGACAAAAUAAGAAUGACCAGUCGAAGUCCAAUGCCAGCCCUCGGGCACCCGGUGUUUUGGCUCGUGACAACUCGAAGGGUCCGUCGUCUCGGUCAAACUCGACUGGGACUGGGUCGGGCUACGCCAUGUCAAAUACUUCCAAGUCCAACGGCACUCCCAGCAGUGCCAGCUCUACCAAGUUACCUGAUUCCGGCUACAAAUCUUCUGCGCCGACACAUGACAACUCAACCUCGGAGAAUUCCCCGGCAUCUUCGUCCGACUCUCACCAGAGUCAGAUGCUCUCGUCCAACGGGACUUCGCCAGAACCGAGCCUGAGCUCUCCAGGUGGAAAAUACCGCGAGUUGGGACCAGGUGACUCCUGCGGCGGACACAUCACCACUGAUGGCGAGAAGUCUUUCUGUGCGCAACUUGGCAUGGCUUGUGGCAACAUUAGGAAUCCCAUCCCAGCCGUCCGGGAUGGCAAGUCCAAAUCCCACAGUGUCUCUAGUAAUCAGCAUAGCAACCAGCCUACUCCGACUGACGCGGCCGUUGCCGUAGAAGUCCCUGAUCUUGGAAUCGAUUGGAUGGCUCUCCAGAAUGGCGGCCAGUUUGACCCGGUGCUAUUUGGUGACUGGCGAGAGCCCCAGGAUGCCGUGCUGUCUCAAGACUUUGGCUCUUUCUUCAAUGACGCAUUCCCUCUGCCGGAUCUGGGCAGUCCAUCCCACAACUUGAGCGAGGUUGCCAGUGACGCCCAGCCCAAGAAGAGUCUUGUUGCCCAGAUUGACAGCAAGCUUGAGGAAGAUGAGGUUGUUCCCGGUGAAGAUCAGUCACAGAUGCUGUCCUGCACCAAGAUCUGGGAUCGUCUCCAAUCCAUGGAAAGAUUCCGCAAUGGUGAAAUCGAUGUCGACAAUCUCUGCUCCGAGCUUCGCACCAAGGCUCGAUGCUCUGAGGGUGGUGUUGUCGUGAACCAGAAUGAUGUUGACGACAUCAUGGGCCGAGCCAAAUAG